UAACAUCGAGACUGUAGAGAUGGCAGACUACGAAGUCCAGUACGCCUCUGUUGUUUUCAAAAACAAGGGAUUGGCAAUAGCUAAAAAAGAAGACGAUGUUGUGUAUGAUGAAGUGAAACCAAGCCAAGCAGCUCGGGAAAUGACUGUCACAAAGGUUUCUACAGGACCUUUGUCAGACAAAGAAGCAAAAAGUUGUUGGUUGUAUCAGAAGUUGGUUUAUUGUUUUGGGAGUCUAUGUGUGAUUAUGGUGAUGACCAUUAUUGGAGUCAGUGUCUACUUUGUAUCUCUUGACAAGAGAGAUAAAUCUGAGCUGAAACAACUGAAAGACAAUCAAACUUUCCUGCGAGAUGAAAUUUACAACAUGACAAACCUGAACAACAAAAUCAGUUCUGAUUUCAAAAGCCUGGCUCAAAACUUCACAAGUUGCAAAAACAAAAGUUUAGAAUUUGUCAUCCAGGUUCAAAAUUUGACACAACAACAAAUCAACCUGAUAGCAGAAAACAGUCAAGUUAAAAAGAUCAACCACGACUUGCAGACAAACGUGAAAAUUCUCACAGAAAACAUAAAAACUUGUAAAGAGCAGAAACUCAGCCAAGCUCUGCAGAUCAUUGAUGAAUACUGUCCCAAAGAAAACAACGUGAGACGGUGUAGGUCUUGUCCAAAAGGCUGGAUUCACUCUCAGUCCAGCUGUUAUAUAGUUCAUAAUCCUGAACCGAGGUAUCACAAAACCUGGGAAGAAGCGCGAGAAAACUGCAGAGGGAAGAGUUCAGAUCUGACUGUUGUUGGAAAUGAAAAAGAAAAGAUGUUUGUUGAUAAGAAUAGCUGGAAGGAUAACGAGGGUAAAAUGAAAGGGUUCUGGAUUGGUCUCAGAGUUGAAGGACGGAAAUGGAAAUGGAUGAAUGGAAAUGAUCUGACCAAUCGAGCCAGGAUACAACAACCUGCAACCGAAGGUCAAUGUGUAACUUCCCUCCAGAACCGAGAAUGGAAAUCAGUGAGCUGUAGUGAUAAAAACGGCUGGAUCUGUGAGAAGAAGGCUUUAUCUGUUUAAACAUGAAAUAUCAAGAUUAUUUGAAAAACAUGGAAAGAAAAUGUAUUAACAUUUUAUUUUUUAUUUUUUUCAAAAGCUAAACAUCUAUAGUUUAUUAUUCAUCAUAUUAUCUACAGCAAAUGUAAUUUCAUGUCAGUUAUUAAAAGUAAUUUGAAUAAAUUAAGCUGUAAAGUUUCUCAGUGGAUGCACCGACUUUACUGAAUAUAUAUAAAUAGUAUCUGAAGCUGCCAGAAUUUAGAAACACAUUCAACCAAUUCUAAAACACAUCUGUUUUUUUCUGGGCCUAUUAAAGUUUUCAUGUUCAAAUUCAUAACAUGAACCUGAAUGUUUUUAAAUAUAGAGGCGCUGUAAUGUUAAAAGUUGAGACGGAUGUGAUUGUUUCAACAUUGUAAUUGUGAAUAAAACUAAUCUAAUCUAGUUUCCUUUUCUCAGAGCAGCAAUGAGUCAACAAUUACAGAUCAUUUUAUACUUGAAGGUUGUGGAUUUUUAUGUGAUUUUUGUUUUUCAGGGUGGAGUUUUAACAUUUUCAGAGCUAUCAAUGUUCUGUGAAACUGUCAGUAUGAAUGUUUGUCAGAAAAUGGAGAUGUGUUCUGUUACAGUAACUCUACCAAAGAUAAACCACUCAGAGACAUGAAGCAUCAAAUGCUAAAUGAUUAGUGAUUAAUUUAGAAAACCUGCUCCUCUUUGCUCAGACACUCAGACUGAGGCAACAAUUUAUCUUCAAAAACAAACUGACUCAACAAAGAUAAGAAAAAAAUAAA